GGACUAUCUGGUUCAAGAAGUUUUGGAUGAAAGGAAUACCAUGGAUGAAAAGAAACAAGAACAUUCUAAUGAGUUGCUGUUUACUGAACAUUUUUAUCAGGAUGAAGGGACUAUCUGGUUCAAGAAGUCUUGGAUGAAAGGGUGA